AUGCGGCAGCCGUCAGUUUACGUCACGGUCACGUUUUCUUUGUACACGGAAGAAACCGGAUAAAUCAGCGGAGGACAGAGAGAGCGUCUUUUAAAGUGCUUCUCCCCCACCAAUGGUUGGUGUUAAGCGAUGCUCCAGAGAAGAUGGGCCAGGCUUUGUGUAUCUGCUCUCGCAGUGCCAUCACCAUUGACAACAAGAGAUACUACUUUGUUCAGAAACUAGAAGAAGGUGGUUUCAGCUAUGUGGACCUGGUAGAAGGUGCGCACGAUGGUCGUUUCUAUGCUUUGAAGCGAAUCCUCUGCCAUGACCGCGAGGCCCGUAAGGAGGCGCAGACCGAGGUGGAGAUGCACCGGCUCUUUAACCACCCGAAUGUCCUUAGCCUCACUGCAUACACCUUCAUGGAGCGCAGCGGCAAGUGUGAGGCCUGGCUGCUGCUCCCCUACAUCAGUAAGGGGAGCGUGUGGUCUGUUCUGGAAAAGCUGCGGGAUAAGGGAAGCUUUAUGCCUGAGAGCCGAAUCUUACACAUUCUGCAUGGCAUCUGUGAAGGACUUAAAGCAAUUCAUGACAAAGGCUAUGCACACAGAGAUCUGAAACCCACCAAUGUUUUGCUGGAUGAAAACGAUCGUCCUUUUUUAAUGGACCUGGGCUCCAUGAACAAAGCCAGGAUUGAGGUCCGGGGGUCACGGGAGGCCAUGACAGUCCAGGAUUGGGCAGCGCAGAGAUGCACCAUUUCUUAUAGAGCGCCAGAGCUGUUUAAUGUGGAGAGUCACUGUAUUAUUGACGAGAGAACAGACAUUUGGUCUCUAGGUUGUGUGCUGUACUGUAUGAUGAUGCUGGAGGGACCAUAUGAUUUGAUCUUUCAGAAGGGGGACAGUGUGGCUCUCGCUGUCCAGAAUCCAGUCUCCAUCCCACAGCCAUGCAGUUAUUCUCCAGAGCUCCAAACGCUGCUCAGCUCCACUAUGGUGACCAAUCCUCAGGAAAGGCCCAGAAUCGGCUGGGUUCUCGAUCAGAUCAAGAGUCUGCGGGGCUCAGACGGUACAGAUAUCGACACAAACAGAGUAUGAUGAUUCCUCUGGCCGUCCCGUCUGUUUCCACUGGACUCUGGACAUUUUGGACUAUGCACUCUCUAUUUCAGACAAAAAUAACUCAAUGAACUCAUAAGCCUUGCAAACAUUUGCUCUCUCUUACCUCAGUGAGCUCAGCGCACCAUUAACACACUGUCUCAAUUUCCGCCCUAAAAUUCAUGAAAUUAUGAUGGUUUUGUGGGUCAAAUUUGAGCAGGCGUGUUGCAAUAUUCACAAUAUUAUCACACAAACCACAUUAGAGAGUGCAAUAGGUUUGUUCACUAAUGUUACGUAUCAUCAAACAAGCUGUUUUCUGAUUAUAAUACCCUUUUUUAUUACUUGUAUUUGUUUGUGCAUUUUAAAGAACCAAAAAUGAUUAUUUAUAAUGUUCUCAAUUGAUGUUUUAAGUGUAACUGACAGAAGUUAGAUUAUUUGGGAACACUUUCCAAUAAGGUCUUGUUUUUACCAUUAGUUAAUGAAUUAAAGGAUUAUGAUAAAUAUCGGUUUAUUUCAUAAAUGAUACAAUCGUUUAUUGAUUAUUCACAAUGCAUUAAAAGGGGCAGUUCACCCAGAAAUUUAAA